AUAAUCAUGUUUUUGGGCAGUAUUUUCCAGAGUUGCAGAACACAGGACAGUAAAAACAAAGAAGCCAGUUUGGAUUAGGGCACAAAUAAUUGAGGAAACAGUGAACACUGAUCCAUGAAAGCGAGGUCUACCCCCCAUUAGAUGCUCGUACCGUCCGAUAAGAUCUUUUCAAACCCCCCCAAAGCAGGUUCCCUGGCUACCUACUAGACCUCUAGCCAUUGACAGACUUAGCCUGAACCAGCGAGAACAACAUUAUUCUCCCCUAGAAUUAAAUAUGCUUUCCUUUUCAUUCUCUCUUUCUUUAAUGUCUAAACAGAGCAGCCUGCAGAGAAAAGCACACAUGGCUCUUUCUUCUUCAGACCCAAUAACCUUCGCACGUCCACUUUGUUUGGUUUCGGGAAUUGGUAGCCGAAGAGAGAAAUUCUUGCGUCUGUGAACACUGGAAUGAAUCAACAGUUUCGUUCAUUGGGUGCGAGCUAACAGAGUUUGGCUUUUGCAGAGGAGAGCAGAGGAAGUCCAUUUUGUGGUGAUGGGAGAACACAAAUGACUAAUUGACGAUUCGGUCACCAGAAAGUAAGGGCUGGGAUUGAAGAAGGAGGUCGGGGGAGAAGCAGAUAGAUAAAAGAGAAACACAUCACGAGAGUAUCUGACAUGUUUAGACGCUGAGGUAUCGUUCUUUUUGAGGACACGUCGCUCCAGAGAGUAAUGGGAGACAGACGGAGAUAGAGAUUUCACCAUACAAUGCUAUGGGCUGUUCCUUUUCUUUUCAUCUUUGGAGGCACAGCCUUUUACUGAGUUCCCCAUUGGACGGCUUCGUGUUUUCGGAGGGUUUCACUUUACUUCCCCUUUUCAUCCCAACCUUUUAAUUCCCUUUCUCUCGAGAAUCUAAACUCAUUCCAGCAAGGUCUCUCUCUCUCUCUCUCAUAAUUGUACCAUAAUCAAUUCAUAUUUUCCAUUGUUUGCUGGCCACCAAGUGAUUAUCUUUCACUUAACUAGCUGGCUUGUCAUGAUCCAAUGGGCAUGUCUUUUGUCAUGUAAUGCAGAUCUUUUCACGAGGUGUUGACAGAGUCUUUCCGUUUCUUUUCUUCCUAUUUUUUCAUCGUUUCGUACGAAGACAAAACCAAAAAGAAGGAAAAAGAAAAUGGGAAAUUCUCCUUUGAGGGUUUAAAUUGUUAACUCGCCGGUUUUCACCACGUUCCGGGAAAUUGGAAAGACGCCUAAAUUGUGAACUGCAAGCUGCGAGGCUCUUUCGCUUUGUCUAAAAGCCGUGAUUGGGUUUUUGUAGGUUCCACUAUUUCUUCAGGACCCUGUACUCUCUAUCUGCUGCUGAGCAAAUGGGAAGAGCCGCCCGGUGGUUGAAGAGCUUGUUUGGGAUAAAGAAAGACAGAAACCAUGUUUCAGAGGGAGAACUUAGAGACUUAUGUCACAAUCCAACCACCAUACCACCAAACAUCUCGCCUGCAGAAGCUGCUUGGCUUCAGUCGUUCUACACAGAAACAGAUAAACAGCAGAACAAGCACGCCAUUGCGGUGGCCGCGGCCACCGCAGCCGCCGCUGAUGCCGCCGUAGCAGCCGCUCAGGCUGCAGUGGCCGUCGUUAGGCUUACCAGCCAUGGCAGAGGCACCAUGUUCGGCAGUGGUGGACACGAGAUAUGGGCUGCCGUUAAGAUUCAAACAGUAUUUAGGGGUUACUUGGCAAGAAAAGCACUGAGAGCUUUGAAAGGAUUGGUGAAAUUACAAGCACUCGUGAAAGGCUAUUUAGUGAGGAAGCAGGCCACGGCAACCUUGCAUAGUAUGCAAGCUCUUAUAAGAGCUCAAGCCACUGUGAGGUCUCAGAAAGCUCGCAGGCUCAUGAACAGAGACAAUGAAGCCUACAGAUAUGAAGCUCGAGCCCGAAGAUCCAUGGAGAGAUUUGACGACACUAGGAGUGAGUACACAGCACCCAUUCACAGCAGAAGGAUGUCUUCUUCUUUUGAUGCAACAAUAAAUAACUCUAACAGCUUCGACGGAAGCCCAAAAAUAUUGGAAGUGGACACUGGUAGGCCAAGAUCGAAGUCUCGGAGGACCAACACUUCAAUUUCAGAUUUUGGCGAUGACCAACAAUUCCAGGCACUUUCCUCUCCUCUUCCAGCCCCUUGUUGUCGUACCCCAGUACGCCUAUCGAUACCGAACUGUCGCCGGAAUCUGCAGGACACCGAUUGGGGGUUGACGGCGGAAGAAUGCAGGUCGUCUACGGCACAGAGCACACCUCGGUUCACCAAUUCUUGUGGGUCGUUUAGUUGCAAUGCGGCGGCGUGCGGGAGCGUUUGUGCCGGCGAUGGCUUUUACCGACAAUACGGGAAUUGCCCGAAUUACAUGGCGAAUACUCAGUCAUUCAGGGCGAAAUUGAGGUCCCACAGUGCUCCAAAGCAGAGGCCAGAGCCGAAGAGGAGGGUAUCGUUGAACGAAUUGAUGGAGUGUAGGAGUAGUUUGAGCGGGGUUCGAAUGCAGAGAUCUUGCUCGCAGGUUCAGGAAGCCAUUAGCUUCAAGAAUGCAGUGAUGGGUAAGCUCGAAAAGUCUGCAGAAUUUGGGAGGGAAAGGGAUAGCAAUUACUGGCAGAGGAGGUGAUGAUGGUGGCCCUAUCUUUGUUUUCACAUUGAAGGCAAUUUGCAGACAGGGAACAGAGCAUUGGAGGAUGAAGACAAAACGGGAGAAAGAUAUAGCAUCAAAGUGUAAAAUUUGACGAAUUUUCUUGUGUUGUGAAUGGGAUAAAGUGAAAUGGAGUGUCUGGUGUCGUGAAUGCUUCUUUCCUUAGUUUCAAUCAAACCCUCAAUUAUUUGUAGCUUAUGGAAAAAUUUAUUGGAAGAAGAUAUUUGCUAAGUGAAAAUACUAUGGGAAGAAGGGUCUGAAUGUUACAGAUAAAUGACUCAAACGCUUGAAAGAAUCCAUUUUGUUGUAUGGGGCGUAAA